CUUUCCUCCAUCCUUCCUCCGCUCAUGUUUAUGCAUUAGGCGUUUCUGCAGAGCGCCGCUGGAUGUUGAUGUGUUGUAAGGAGGUGUUCCCACUCCUCCCCUCCCCUCUCCUCUCCUUUCUCCCUCUCUCCUCCCUGCCUCCUCCGUGCUGCUCAUCCGCGGGGUCUCGGUGCGCCUCAGACGCGUUUGGCGUUCAGACUCCCAAGUAUCCCGAUGGCCCCCCACCAGCAACGGGACCGCGCUGACCGGACCAUCAGCCCCGGCUCCAGACUCUCUUAGCGAAGGCAGGAGCCGCCGCUUCCCCUGGAAUACCGCAUUGUUUUUGUAAUUUCCAACCAGAGAGGGAGAGAGAGAGGAAGGUGAUGAUGCUGAUGAUGAACCCGCGAUGGUGGAUUUCCCUUUUGUGCGUCUGUGGACUGAUGCACGUCAGUCACCAGAGCAGCGCAAAUACCCCAAAUGGAGACGCCUUGUCGGGCUUGAAGGCUCUGCGUGAUACGGGCAGGUUCGUCGGGAAGGAGGACACGGUGCCUCUCCGCCUGCUCUACAGCAGACACAACCACAGCCAGAUCACGCAGGAUGAGCUCAGCACCAGGGUGAAAGCCAGCCCCGGCUCCGCACAGGUGAACCACGUGGCCCAAGCAAGCUUUCAAGUGGAGGCCUUCGGGAGAGAAUUCAUCUUGGAUGUGGAGCUGAAUCAUGAUCUGCUGUCUUCGGGGUACGUGGAGAGGCAUUUGUCAGAAAAAGGGAAGGCUGUCAUCACAAAUGGAGGAGAGCACUGCUACUACCAGGGGAAGGUCAGAGACAGUCCUCACUCCUUUGUGGCUGUUUCUACUUGUCAUGGACUGCAUGGGAUGUUUUUCGAUGGCAAUCACACCUACAUGAUUGAACCUGGAGGAGAGGACAGCAGCAAAGGCGAUGUCCCCAUUCACAUGAUUUAUAAAUCUGCAGGGGAGGACCUCCUCAAUGGUGACCUGCCAGAGCCGCCGUUCCCCAGCCCUCCGUUCCCCGGGUCUAAAGUGGUUCACAGGAGAAAGAAGAGACAGGCUCCACAUGUGUCACACAGCGUUGAGGAUGAGAUCAAAUACAUUGAGUUGAUGGUGAUCAAUGACCAUUUAAUGUACAAGAAGCAUCGGCUUUCCGUUGGGCACACAAAUAACUAUGCUAAGUCAGUGGUCAAUAUGGCUGACAUGAUCUUCAAGGAACAGCUUAAUACUCGGAUUGUGCUGGUUGCCAUGGAAACCUGGUCAGCGGACAACAAGUUCAACAUCGACGACGACCCCAUGGUGACCCUGAGGGAGUUCAUGAAGUACAGGAAGGACUUCAUCAAGGAGAAAUGCGACUCUGUUCACCUCUUCUCAGGGAAUCGCUUUCAUAGCAGCUGGGGUGGAGCUUCCUACAUGGGAGGAGUUUGCUCUCUCACUAAAGGAGGCGGAGUGAAUGAGUACGGGAAAACGGACGAGAUGGCCAUCACCCUCGCUCAGUCGCUUGGACAGAACAUCGGCAUCUUCUCGGACAAGAAGAGGAUCCUCAACGGUGAAUGCAAGUGUGACGAUCGCUGGACAGGCUGCAUCAUGGAUGACGUUGGUUUCUACCUGCCCAAGAGGUUCUCCGACUGCAACGUGGGGGAGUACCACAACUUCCUGAACAGCGGCGGAGGAGCGUGUUUGUUCAACAAACCUCUGAAGCUGUUGGACCCUCCAAUCUGUGGGAACGGCUUUGUGGAGCCAGGAGAGGAGUGUGACUGCGGCAGUCCAGCGGAGUGUGCCAGUGAGGGGGAUACCUGCUGUGAGAAGUGCACUUUGACUCAAGGUUCAAAAUGUGCAAACGGACUCUGCUGCAACAACUGCCAGAUGGAGUUCAUGGGGGUCGUGUGUCGAGAUGGAGUGAAUGACUGUGACAUCCCAGAAAACUGCACAGGAAACUCCAGCCAGUGUCCACAAAAUGUGCACAAGAUGGACGGCUACACGUGUGAAAAGGAUCAGGGUCGCUGCUUCAAUGGAAGGUGCAAAACCAAAGACAGACAGUGCAAGUACAUCUGGGGAGAGAAGGCAAUGGCGGCCGACAAGUUCUGCUACGAGAAGCUCAACAUCGAGGGCACGGAGAAAGGCAACUGUGGGAAAGACAAAGACACGUGGAUCCAGUGCAACAAACAGGAUGUUCACUGUGGCUACCUGCUGUGCGCCAACAUCUCGCCUGCACCGCGACUCGGAGAGCUGCAAGGGGGGAUGACCUCGUUCUCCGUGGCCCAACACAGCGGCUCUCUGGACUGCAGCGGCGCUCACGUGGUGAUUGAUGGAGACACUGACCUGGGAUACGUCGAGGAUGGGACGGCCUGCAGCACAGACAGCAUCUGUUUCAAUCACAAAUGUCUCCCGAUCCAACAGUUCAACUUCAGCACCUGCCCCGGGACGACUGACAAGAGCAUCUGCUCCGGACACGGGGUGUGCAGUAGUGAUCUGAAGUGUGUGUGUUACCUGGGCUGGACAGGAGACGACUGUAACACCACGAAUCCGCUCAGUUAUCUCGUGGUGGGGCCGACCGCCUCAGUUUCAGGUAUCACCAGUACAAACAUCAUCAUCGGGGCCAUCGCCGGCUCCAUCCUCUUCCUCGCGCUCAUAAUGGCUGCUACAGCCUGGUGCUACAAGAGCUACAAGCAGAGACGCUAUGAAGAGUCUGAGGUUCACCGAAGAUUCUGCCGGCAAAUGCCCCCAGGCGACUAUGUAACAAAGCCUGGGGAUGCAGAUUCCUUUUACAGUGACAUGCCUCCGGGUGUCAGCACCAACUCCGGCUGCAGCUCCAAGAAGAGGUCAGCCUGCCUGUCGCACCUGCAGAUUUGCACCCUGUCCUUCACUCCCUCCAUCCAAUCCAUUUCUCAGAACAUCUCACUGUUUGGCUUCAGAUCUAACGGGCUUUCACACUCAUGGAGUGAGAGAAUCCCAGAUGCCAAACACAUUUCCGACAUCUGCGAAAACGGGCGACCGAGGAGCAACUCGUGGCAAGGAAAUCUGAGCGGAAAUCGUAAGAAGCUGAAGGGAAAGAAGUUCCGUGCUCGCUCUAACUCCACAGAGACGUUAUCCCCGGCCAAGUCUCCCACGUCCUCCACAGGAUCCAUUGCAUCCAGCAGGAAGUACCCGUACCCCAUGCCCCCCCUCCCCGAUGACCAGAGGAAAGCCAACAGGCAGAGUGCCAGGCUGUGGGAGACUUCAAUAUAACAGCCGCAUCACCCACUCUGUAAAAGACCUAAAGGAACUACACUUGUCUCUCCUUUUCUAUGAAUGACAAACACAAAAAUGAAACAAAAUUGACUCUCGGCGACUAAAGAGAAUGACAGAGAGAGAGAAUGACAGAGAGAGAGAGAGAGAGAGCCCCCAACUGGAGUGGAAACAGGCAGAGGUGUGUGUGAGACGGUGUGUACAUGCAUCUCCGAGGCCGUCGAGCCAGAUGUUCGGUGGAUCACUACAAGAUGACGUUAGAGUGCCGGUGGGGAAAACCAGCUCCACAUCCACUCCAGACCAGCUGGAGCUGAGACUGAGCUCUUCCAGUCUGCUCAGGCCUCACCAACGGGACUCCAAACCCCCAACCACCACACCCCCCCUCUCCCACAAUCCCUGAAGCCUCGACACAUCCUCUCAUCCCACUCACUUCAACACCCACCGCUCCACGAGUGGUUCCGAGCUCAGCAGGGCCGGGAGCGGGGUCACGGCAUCACACGGCCUCGCUGGACUCGUCGGCUCAUUUUUUGACGCACGUGAAAUCACUGUAGAAACUCCCAACACUGUAUGCAUGAGACAACCCCGAUUAUCAGCAACCUCCUCCGAGCGAGAAGACGAGAAGAAGAGCGAUGUGAGAGGAAAGCAUGCGAGGGGGGGCAGUGAUUUUAUUCCGUCUGUAGGCUUAGAUGCUUUCUCUCCACUAUAGGUAACUCAUAUUGUAUCACCACUUAUAACCCAUAACCCACGACAUGGACCCGACCCUGCUCCUCUUCCUCCCGUCCCUCGGGUUGUUUGUGUAAAUAUGUACAGUGAAAUACAAAGAGUAUGUUUUUUGCUUUUAUUUUGAAAGAGGAAGGUCUCCUCCUCCUGCUGUAUUGUGCUGUAGACAGAAGCGGAUCUCUGGAGAUGGGUGUCGAGACCCCCCCGCACUCGUUCUUCUGUCCGUGUUUUCUUCUUUCCUCCCUCCAGCUUUUUCUUUCUUCUUCUCCUGUGUGACUGUGAUCUCUAUAGCUUUCUCCAUCCACAGCAGAAUGUAAACGUGUUCUUUUGUUUUUUCAAUAUUAGCACUGGUGUCACUCAUCUCUGGGAGAAACACACGGGCGUGAAGAGGAAGUUUAGAUUGUGGCGCAGUGAGAAGUUGAUUUAGCUCAAGUGGAAUAGUUUAAUGUGCCAUUCCUGUGUGAAGGGAGCGGACUGAGAUGUGUUUGGUGUAGUUAUAGAUUUACCACUUUUCACUCAUGUGGCUUUUGGAAAGUUUUUCCCAUUGAUGAUGUUAAGAAGUUGAGAGUUUUCUCCACGUUUGUAUGUUUAAAACCGAGCGUGUGAUGAGAUCUGGAGAAAUCGUGAUUGAGAUGUGCAUUUUGGAUUUAGCUGUUGAUGAUUGAGAUAUUUAGCUUGUAAAUGAUUAACUAUGCUGUACAGUGCUUGCUGUUCGAGCUUGUGAGGACCAACAGCAUGACAGUUCUAUAUGGAAUUAAGUUAUUUCUCUGGUAGGCUGUUUGUAAGAACAUGACGAGAAGGGAGCAUGUCGCCGAAAUGACCCUCACUGCUUCUGCUUCAUGGCAGGAAGUCACGGGGGGGGGG